CGGGAAUAACAUUAACAAAAUCAAAUUCUUUCUCUCCGAUUCCCGGUGGCCGCCGUCUCCCUCCACCUCCGAGGGAGAUAUCAAUCCAAGGGAGACAACAAAAAAAUCAAACCAAACACAAGGAGAGAAUAAAUAAUUAUAAAUUAUAAAAAAAAUAUGGGUCGGUCGUCGUCGUCGUCCGAUGACGAUUCUCCGAAGAAACACAAAAAAGCCGCCUCCACUUCCUUCAAUGACGGCCAACACCCGCCGCCUCCGUACCCUCCCGCCGGCGGCGGUUACAAUUACCCCCAAACCAUGGGCUACCCUCCCCCGAUGCCAGGUCAGUACCCGCCCAGUUACAACAACCAGUACCCGCCCGGUUACAACUACAAUUACGCCGGUUACAACUACCCGGCGCAGGCCCCGCCGGCGGCCUACUACCACAACAACGGCGCCGGCGCGUACCCGACCCAGCAGGAGAUGAACGCGGCGGCCGGGUUCGCCCGGGGAUUCCUCAUCGGGAUGAUGCUCCUCUUCUUCUGCAUCUUCGCCUCCACCAUCGUCCUCUGGGUGGUGCUCCGCCCCCAGGUGCCGGAGUUCCACGUCGAGUCCCUCGCCGUCGCGAAUUUCGACGCCAAGCAGUCGAGCUUCGCGGCGGCGUGGGACGCCAACUUGACGGCGAAGAACCCGAACACGAAGAUCCGGUUGUACUUUAACCAGAUCGAGACGUUCAUGUUCUACGACGACCAGCCGCUGGCGUCGUCGUACGCCAACCCGUUCAGCCUGGAGACGGGGGCGGCGGCGGGGAUGACGACGAGGCUGGCGACGAACAGCUCGGUGGACGAGGGGGUGGAGAACGAGGCGGUGGAGAAGAUGGCGGAGGAUUACAAUGGCCCCGGGGCGGUGGAGUUUAGCCUGAGGAUGGCGGUGUGGACGACGUUUAAGUCGGACUCGUGGUGGACGCGGCGGUCGACGGUGAGGGUGUUUUGUGAGGAGUUGAAGGUCGCGUUUGUGGGGAAGACUGGGAAAGGGAGCUUGGCUCCAGAUACCAAUAGGGAUUGUUUGGUUUUUGUUUGAACGUUUUUUUUUUCUUUUUUUUUUUUUUUUUCUGUUUGUGUUUAUUUAUUUGUGUAAAUGUUUCAUUAGCUUUCUUUUUGGGCUUUAUGUGAAAGUUUUUUUUUUUAAUUAUUUAAGAACAUUUGUGAAGGUAACAACAUCAUUGCAAUUUUCUUAGAACACCCUGGUUAUUUAAGAUU